CAUAAUUAAUUAAGUACUUAGCAUUCGUUAAACAAGCUAGCUAGUUCGAGAAAAUGAGGUGUACCACUCCUUCGAUAGCCUUAGCCCUAGGGCUCGUUCUAGUAACCCUUGUUAGCCAAUGUUAUGGUCAAUUGUCUAUCGGAUACUAUAAGGAUAAAUGUUGGGGUCAUAACGUUGAAGAAAUUAUUUUCAGCGCAGUUAAGGCUGAAUUCAUUAAGGAUCCAACUAUUGUUGCUGGUCUCAUCCGAUUACAGUUUCAUGAUUGCAUUGUUAGGGGAUGUGAUGCAUCAGUCCUACUAGAUGGGCCAAAAUCAGAGAAAACAGCAAAUCCAAACUCAAGUCUUAGGGGUUUUAAUGUUGUGGAUGCUGCAAAGGCGGCCGUAGAGGAAGUUUGUCCCGGAGUUGUCUCUUGUGCUGAUGUACUUAACAUGGCUGCUAGAAGUGCUGUGUUUUUGGCUGGAGGUAAAUGGUAUUAUGUAGAAACAGGACGACGAGAUGGUGUUGUUUCACAAGUAGAAGAAGCCCUUGCUAAUCUUCCAUCAGAGAACUUGCCAGUGCGUGACGCUGUCCAUCUAUUUGCUUCAAGAGGACUAAGCAAGGAAGACUUUGUUGUUCUUCUAGGUGGACAUACUGUUGGAUUUACACACUGUGAAAAAUUUGACCAUCGUCUAUACAAUUUCCACAACACCGGUAAGCCAGACCCUAGGAUGCAUACCGGUAUGCUAUAUGCAUUGAAGAAAAUGUGUCCAAAAGACGGUAGUGGUGCUCACAACAAGGUUUACUUCGAGUACAACCCGAAAAAACAUUAUCACUUUGACAAUGGCUACUACAAGCAACUAUUGGUAAACCAAGGAAAGCUUGAGAUUGAUGCAAACAUAGGAAGGUCUCCACUUACUAACAGCAUUGUGAAAAAAUUGGCCUAUUCCCCUGAUUAUUUCGUCAAUAGAUUUGGCUCUGCAAUGGUUAACUUGGGAAGAGUUGGCGUUCUUACUGGUAAUCAAGGAGAGAUUAGAAGAUCUUGUCGUGCUGUUAAUCACUAAAAGGACUAAUGAUUUUGUACUACUCGUAAAUUGUUCAACUAUGUAUGACAUUGUUUUUUUUUUUUUUUUUUUUCUAACUGAUGUAUUAAUAAAGUUUGGCUUUCUUGAGGCAUAAUUCUGUAAUAGCUUCAGAAUUUGAUUUAUAACAAAUCAUUUUAGUAGCA